AUGAUCUCCAAAACCAACCAGAGGUUGAUCCUCAACCUGGACGACAUCAAGGCGGCAGCGGCGGAAAAGCUUCCUACUAAAGCUAGAGAGUUCUAUGAAGCUGGCUCUGCAGACCAAGUCACGGUGACGGAGAAUACGACGGCCUACGCGAAAUAUCGACUGCGGCCGCGAGUCCUUGUCGACGUGUCCAAGGCAGACACCUCAACAACGGUAUUCGGCCAAAAGAUAUCAUUUCCCCUCUGCGUAUCGCCCGCCGGGAUUCAGGCAAUGGCACACCCCGACGGGGAGCUUGCGACGAGCCGGGCGUGUGCCAAGCGAGGUAUCCACAUGGGUGUCUCGACCUACUCUAACUACUCCGUCGAGGAGGUACGAGCAGCUGGGCUCGAAGCCGGCCCUCUGCAGCACGUGAUGCAACUAUAUACGAUGCAAGAUCGCUCGGCCCAACUGCGAAUCAUCCGACGUGCCGAGGAAGCUGGUUGUGCCGCUAUCCUGUUGACAGCCGACAGUCCAGUGCUCGGUGUACGGUACAACGAAAGCAGGAACAACUUUUUGAUCCCGGAGGGUUUGGAUUUGCCCAUGCUAGGGAUGCCGUCGGAGGCUAUACAUGCUCAGACUCAUCACCACGAGGGGUUCACUGCUUUCGCCUCUGACUCACACUCGUGGGCGAGGGAGAUCCCUUGGCUGCGAAGUGUGACCAAGCUGCAGAUUUGGAUCAAGGGCGUCCUGACGGGAGAAGACGUGCAGCUCGCGAUCCAGUAUGGCUGCGACGGUGUGCUUGUGAGUAAUCAUGGAGGCAGGCAGCUUGACCAGACGCCGGCCACCAUCGAUGUCAUCCAGGAAUGUGUGAAGGCCGCCAAUGGAAGGAUCGACGUUCACGUCGAUGGUGGGGUUCGAAGUGGCACAGACAUCUUCAAGGCUCUGGCUCUCGGUGCCAAGUGCGUGUGGAUUGGUCGACCAGUGCUCUGGGGACUCGCGUAUGACGGACAAUCAGGAGUCACCAAGACUCUUGAUAUUCUUCACGAUGAAUUCAGACAGUGCAUGCAACUAUGUGGCUGCAACAGUAUCUCGGACAUUACACCCUCCUCACUUGGAGUCGUCUCAAGCAGUGGGCCGCUUGCGAAAUUACAAUAA